GGGACAGAGUUACAACACAAGAACAUUCGUUUUUCAGCCUCCCCCACUCCGUAUUUCUUCCUGUCAAUCUGUCUAAUCAUUUUUGGCUGCCGAAGUCCUAGAGCCAAUAGUCAGAUGGUUGAAGACACAUGAGAUCUACUUAAGAGAGAAACUCCGCUGCUAAACAGACCUCAUUCUGCUUUCCUAUGCCGACAAAUGCUACGAUCCUUGAGUGUCUGCAGUCGUUUCAGUAGAAGAGACAACCUGAAUCAAACUGUUCGUAGGCUAUACAAAUUUGAAAACCGGUUAAAUGGGUCUGAUUGUGAUAGUAGCAGAAUCGCCAUGGCGACGCAGUACCAAUGAGUUGUCAUUUUUGAGCUGGAUGGGACUAAAACAAUACGAUGGCCCGUGUGUUGAAGUUUCAUCUCCAUGAACAUCAAGCGACUGGUCUGGAAAAAGCCGAUUGCUGUUUUUAACAUCCGGCUGAGCCUUGUAUCAUAUUGUGAGUGUUGAAUAUUUUCAAAAGGGUUUCGGGGAAAACCUGGAGCUGGAGAGAAGCUAAAGAUGCAGUCCAGUUGGCCUUCACCGGAAUUUGAUCCAAGCCAAAUCCGCCUGAUCGUUUACCAGGACUGUGAAAAACGGGGACGAAAUGUCUUGUUUGACUCCAAUACCAAGCGCAAGACAGAUGAAUUGUCUGUAUCGAAACUUGUGAUUGAUGCUCAGGUGAAGGUGUUGGGGAAAUGCUGCCAGCUCAAGCCAGGAGGGGACAGCUCUACAUCUUUGGACAGCUCAACAAACUCCCUGGCAUCUGACACGAAAGAGCAGUGCCCAAAGUACCAGGGAUCUCGGUGCCCUGCUGAUGCCAGUAUGCUUGGGGAGAUGAUGUUUGGGUCAGUGGCCAUGAGUUACAAAGGCUCUACUCUGAAAAUACACCAAAUACGAUCUCCUCCCCAGCUAAUGCUUAGCAAAGUAUUUACUGCACGGACUGGGAGUAGCACCUGUGGAAGUCUUAACACACUUCAAGACAGCUUUGAGUUCAUUAACCAAGAUCAAAACACUUUAAAGGCAGACAACAGCAGCAUCAUGAAUGGGCUUCUUGGGAAUAUAGGUCUGUCUCAGCUUUGCAGCCCCAGGCGGGCAUUCUCAGAGCAGGGCCCGCUCCGUCUGAUCAGGAGUGCCUCUUUCUUUGCAGUCCACAGCAAUCCUAUGGACAUGCCUGGCAGAGGAAUCAAUGAUGACCGAGACAGUGGCAUAGCAAGAUCCGCUUCCCUCAGCAGCCUUCUUAUAACGCCAUUUCCUUCGCCAAGCUCCUCCCUUAACAGCAGCUGUGCCAGUAGUUACCAACGCCGCUGGCGUCGUAGUCAAACUACAAGUCUGGAGAAUGGAGUCUUUCCCAGAUGGUCAAUAGAAGAAAGUUUCAAUAUGUCUGAUGACAGCUGUGGACCUAAUCUGGGAAUUGCUCGAAAAAAGAAAAUUGCCAUUGGAGUUAUAUUUUCGCUGUCCAAAGAUGAGGACGAAAACAACAAGUUCCAUGAAUUUUUCUUCUCCCAUUUCCCACUUUUUGAGAGCCAUAUGAACAAACUCAAAUGUGCAAUAGAGCAGGCCAUGAAAAUGAGCCGCAGAUCUGCAGACCCAAGCCAGAGAAGUUUAGCAUACAACAAAAUUGUAGAUGCCCUAAAUGAUUUCAGAACAACAAUAUGCAAUCUGUACACAAUGCCAAGGAUCCCAGAGCCUGUCUGGUUAACCAUGAUGUCCGGGGUGCCAGAGAAAAACAACCUUUGCCAGCGCUUCAUGAAGGAAUUUGUCUUCCUGAUGGAACAUGCUUCAAAAAACCAGUUUCUACCAGCUCUGCUCACGGCUGUCCUCACAAACCAUUUGGCUUGGGUUCCGACUGUCAUGCCAAAUGGUCAGCCCCCCAUAAAGAUUUUUCUUGAGAAGCAUUCAUCUCAGAGUGUGGACAUGCUGGCAAAGACUCACCCCUAUAACCCUUUAUGGGCACAACUAGGAGACUUAUAUGGAGCUAUAGGAUCUCCUGUUCGGCUUUCUCGGACUGUAGUUAUUGGGAAGCGACAAGACCUUGUACAGAGGCUGCUCUAUUUCCUCACGUACUUCAUCAGGUGCUCUGAACUUCAGGAGACUCAUCUUUUGGAAAGUGGAGAGGAUGAGGCUAUCGUCAUGCCUGGUACAGUCAUUACUACCAUGCUAGAGAAAGGAGAGGUGGAGGAAUCGGAUUAUGUCCUGAUUACAAUGCACAAAAACAAGGGCUGCUUGUUGACUUCAGAUCCGGAUGAAGCCAAACCCCUUGGAAAUAGGUGCCAGUGUUGCCAGGGUCCGCUUACUGACCAGCAAAAUAAAGAUGAAGCCAGUAAGGAAAACAACGAUGCCCAUAACGCAAACAAAGAUUUAAAGGAAACUGCUUUAAAAGGGAGUUAUUCUAUUUCUACAGCCACUUACCGAGAAGAAACUGCUUAUGCUAAACUGUACAAAGAUAAAUCACUUACUCCCUUAGAUACAAAGAUAGAGAGAGUAAUUAACACAGGAUCAGCUGCCAUAGAUAAAAAUGCUAUGGCAGUAACAGGCCUUGAGCCAGACUGUAAUGUGGAGAAGGGUGAGGAAUUUAUCGACUCGGUCAAAGGAAUACAGACUAAUGAAAUAUCUGUAGAGAAAAAGCCUCCCGAUAAGACCCAAUCAGCAGCAAUGCCUUGCAGUUCUGGCCAUCUAUUGAACAAGGUGACGUUUUUGAUUGGUGAUUCUAUGUCACCUGACUCAGAUAUAGAAAUUAAAAGCCAAACUGUAGCCGAUCAAAUUAGCAAGCACUACCUUAAACCAGGGCAAGAGGACAGGACAAUUGUUGAGCAAAAUAGUGAAAGGAGACAGGUGACUGAGGACCAAAAAACUGGUGGGGCAUCUAGGGAAAAGCUCCUCAGAGCUGCGGGCAAAGCUCAGAACUGGAAAUGUUUUCAUCCAGAGAUGUUUGAUGAGUAUUUUUCUGAGGAUGGGUCUAUUGAAGCAAAGAUUAUCGAUGAUAUUCCAAAUGAGGAGAUCAAAAACAGAUCUGACAGUGACAGUAGUUUAGGAACUCCGAACAGCCUUUGUAAGGAAAAGAACACAGACUGUCAUUUACUGACUUCUAUUCAUGUGAAUUUAUGUAAAAAGUGCUCUGCUGAGCAGGACCAAAGAGACAAAGUCUCUGUAUCUGUCCCCCAUGGGGAUAAAGACUCUGAAAUGAAAGCUGCAUCUGGAGCUGACUGGGACAUUCCAAGGAAUGAGAGUUCAGACAGUGCUUUGGGUGAUAGUGAGAGUGAAGACACAAGCCAUGAGCUUCUCAGGCCCACUAUUAAUUAUUAUGGUCCAGAGCAAGAAGAUUGGAUGGAAGAAGAAGAAAUGGAUUUUCCUGGGUCAAAACUGGUAGAAGUCAAUUCUGUGAAGCCCAACAUCGCUAAUUUUGGAAGGUCGUUGCUGGCUGGCUAUUGCUCAUCCUAUGUACCAGACUUUGUUCUGCAAGGGAUAUCGAAUGAAGAGAAGCUGAGGCAGUGUAUGGUGUCAGAUCUAUCACAUGCUGUACAGCAUCCUGUUUUGGAUGAGCCCAUUGCGGAGGCUGUCUGCAUUCUUGCAGAUGUUGAUAAAUGGACAGUACAAGUGGCCAGUAGCCAGAGAAGGACGGCUGAUAACAAACUGGGCAAGGAGGUGCUGGUAUCCAGCCUGGUCUCCAGUUUGCUCCAUUCCACAGUCCAACUGUACAAACACAACUUGUCUGCAAACUUUUGCAUCAUGCACCUGGAAGAUCGACUCCAGGAACUCUAUUUCAAAAGCAAAAUGUUGUCUGAAUAUCUGAAAGGUCAGACAAGAGUUCAUGUUAAGGAACUGAGCAUGGUGCUGGGAAUUGAAUCCAGUGAUCUUCCAUUGUUGGCAGCUAUCGCUAGCACCCACUCCCCGUAUGUUGCACAGAUACUUCUCUAAAGGAAAUACAUGGGCAGUGGGUGCCUGUACACAAGGAGGACAGAGUAUUCUAAUAUCAGUGGGACAGAAUCAUAUCACACCACUGAUCUACAGACUUGCAAUCAAAGGGAACGAGCAUGUGGCUCUCACAAUGGGAAUUGUGAUUUUCUCUCACCAAUAAUUGGACAGGAAUUUAUAUUUUUUUUUUAAUAUAGAACCUAAGAAACAAAGUUCCUUUUCCUAAAACUGGAGGCGUUGACGAUUAUAUUCUCAUUUCACAGACUAUUUUUCUGCCUCCAAAAAUUAUUUGGAUACAAAUUUUUUAAAAACAAAACAAAAAAAACAAAAAAAAACAAAAAAAAGAAAGUAUAUUGUAAAUAUUUGUACAGAGAAAAAAGACGAACAAAUGUUAAUACCACAAAUGUUUUGCAUCUUGGUUGGUUCUAGUUACAUGAAAGUCUAUUUAUAUUACCGUAAGUAAAUGAGGAAAUCUCCCCCCCCCCCAAAAAAGUUUGAAUAACAUUUCUAAAUUAGAAAGAAACCACUAGUUUUAGCGAUGGGCGAAUUUUUCCCGUUUCACGAAACGCGAGUCUUGAUGCCGGCUUCAAUUCCGACACUGGCGACAAUUGUCACCGGCGUCGAAAAUGUCGCCGGCAUCAAAAAACGUUGACGCCAGUGAAAAAUCGCAGGCAAAUUUUUGCGCUAAUUUCGCAAAUUUAUUCACAGGCGGCGAAACGUGAAAAUUUGCCACAAAUUCUCGCCAGGCGAAUAAAUUUGCCCAUCACUUCUAGUUUUGCUACUGAGAUUCUAAGUCUGCCUUUAAUGCUGCUAAGGUUGUGGCUGUACAAGCAAAAUGCAUUACUUUAACCAAAGAAUCUGCUGUUAAAAUGAACAAAAAUCACCACCUCACUAGUAAACCUGGGGCGUAAAGUAAAGUUAAACAAUACGGCCAUCCCAUAAUGCAUCCCUUCCCUCGCUUCUUAUACCGUGUAGACUGUUUUCGGUUAUACAGGUAUGGGAUCCGUUAUCCGGAAACCCGUUAUCCAGAAAGCUCCAAAUUCUGGAAAAGCCGUCUGUCCCAUAAACUCCAUUUUAUCCAAAUAA